AUGGGUUGUGGUGCAAGUACGCCAAUUGACGAUGAACAAGAUCCCUUUUUGCAAGACAAGCAAAUCAAUGAUGCCAUCGAGCAAUCUUUGCAUUUGAACAAAGCCAAUUCCAAAAACGGCGUUAAAUUGUUGUUGUUGGGAGCUGGUGAAAGUGGAAAAUCGACUGUUUUAAAACAACUCAAGUUAUUACACAAGGGUGGGUUCAGUCAACAAGAACGAAUGCAAUAUUCAAAUAUCAUAUGGUGUGAUGUCAUUCAAAGUAUGAAGAUCCUAAUCAUACAAGCUCGUAAGUUGAAGAUUCCUCUAGAUUGUGAUAAGCCAAACAGUGCAUUGAUUCCAUUCAAACGAUGCGUGUUGAGAAGUGACGCUUUGACUCAAAUUGACACUAGUAUUGCUGGAGGGACAAACUUCUUGGAUGAUUAUAUCUUGAAGUAUGAUGAAAAAACCAAAAUGAAGCGGAAGUUGAACAGCACGGGAGUGGUUCAAUUCUUGGGUGAUCCUGAUCAGCUCAACACUUCAAAUGCCGAUGAUGGUGAAGACGGAAUUGACCCAGAGAUACGAGAUGAAGUUUUGUCUGGUAUACCACAAGCGUCCGGUGGCAGCGCUAGCGAACAGCAAUCUCGAUACUCGCGUCGUGAUAUCGCUGAAUCAAUACAUCAAUUAUGGACCAAUGAUGCUGGGAUUAAAAAGUGCUUUGAACGAUCAAAUGAAUUUCAGUUUGAAAGCAGUGCCGAAUACUAUUUCGACAAUGUGUUCAACUUUGCAGAUCCUAGUUACUUGUGUUCUGAUUUGGAUAUUUUAAAAGGGAGGAUCAAAACCACAGGGAUUACCGAGACAAACUUUACCAUCAACUCAUUCCAGUUCAAAGUGUUGGAUGCCGGUGGACAGCGAAGCGAACGUAAAAAAUGGAUCCACUGCUUUGAUAAUAUCACGGCAGUUUUGUUUGUGUUGGCCAUAAAUGAAUAUGAUCAAAUGUUAUUUGAAGAUGAGCGAGUGAACCGUAUGCAUGAAUCAAUCAUACUAUUCGAUCAAUUGUGUAACUCGAAAUGGUUUGCCAACACUCCGUUCAUUUUGUUCUUGAACAAGAUCGAUAUAUUUGAGGAAAAGAUCAAACGUAAUCCAUUGGAGAGGUAUUUCCCUGAUUAUACAGGUAAGAAUGAUGAUGUUAAUGAAGCUCUCAAAUUUUUUGAAACCAAUUUCUUAAAGAUGAACAGAACAAAUAAGCCGAUAUAUGUUCAUCGAACUUGUGCUACUGAUACAAAGUCAAUGAAGUUUGUCUUGAGUGCCGUUGCCGACAUUGUUAUUCAACUGAAUUUGAAAAAGAGUGGUAUCAUGUGA